GCCCCGCCGCCCGCGCCGGGGCGGUCGCCCGCAGAGGAAGGCGCUGCAGUCUCCGGGCCUCGCGGCCCCACUCAAGCGUCCUCAGCACCGAGGGCUCGCGGGUCCUGAAGGGAGGAGGCGAGCCCGGGGCCGGGCACUGAGCUCUUGGGCGCCCCCAUCCCCGUUUUCGGAGCCCUCCACGCUGCGGCCGCUGUCCUCUCCGGACCAUGGCCGACGACGACGUGCUGUUCGAGGAUGUGUACGAGCUGUGCGAGGUGAUCGGCAAGGGUCCCUUCAGUGUUGUACGACGAUGUAUCAACAGAGAAACUGGGCAACAAUUUGCUGUAAAAAUUGUUGAUGUAGCCAAGUUCACAUCAAGUCCAGGGUUAAGUACAGAAGGUAAGAGAUGGAUUUCAAAUCUAAAGCGGGAAGCCAGUAUCUGUCAUAUGCUGAAACAUCCACACAUUGUAGAGUUAUUGGAGACAUAUAGCUCAGAUGGAAUGCUUUACAUGGUUUUUGAAUUUAUGGAUGGAGCUGAUCUGUGCUUUGAAAUCGUAAAGCGAGCUGAUGCUGGUUUUGUAUACAGUGAAGCUGUAGCCAGCCAUUACAUGAGACAGAUACUGGAAGCUCUACGCUACUGUCAUGAUAAUAACAUAAUUCACAGAGAUGUGAAGCCCCACUGUGUUCUCCUUGCCUCAAAAGAAAACUCAGCACCUGUUAAACUUGGGGGCUUUGGGGUAGCUAUUCAAUUAGGAGAGUCUGGACUUGUAGCUGGAGGGCGCGUCGGGACACCUCACUUUAUGGCCCCAGAAGUGGUCAAAAGAGAGCCUUAUGGAAAGCCCGUGGAUGUGUGGGGGUGUGGCGUGAUCCUUUUCAUCCUGCUCAGUGGUUGUUUGCCUUUUUACGGAACGAAGGAAAGAUUGUUUGAAGGCAUCAUUAAAGGAAAAUAUAAGAUGAAUCCUCGGCAGUGGAGCCAUAUCUCUGAAAGUGCCAAAGACCUAGUACGUCGCAUGCUGAUGCUGGAUCCAGCUGAAAGAAUCACCGUUUAUGAAGCACUGAAUCACCCAUGGCUUAAGGAGCGAGAUCGUUAUGCCUACAAGAUUCAUCUUCCAGAAACAGUAGAACAACUGAGGAAAUUCAAUGCAAGGAGGAAACUUAAGGGAGCAGUACUAGCCGCUGUGUCAAGUCACAAAUUCAACUCAUUCUAUGGGGAUCCCCCUGAAGAGUUGCCAGAUUUCUCUGAAGACCCUACCUCCUCAGGACUUCUAGCAGCAGAAAGAGCAGUUUCACAGGUGCUGGACAGUCUGGAAGAGAUUCAUGCGCUUACAGACUGCAGUGAAAAGGACCUAGAUUUCCUACACAGUGUUUUCCAAGAUCAGCAUCUUCACACACUGCUAGAUCUCUAUGACAAAAUUAACACAAAAUCUUCACCGCAAAUCAGGAAUCCUCCGAGCGACGCAGUACAGAGAGCCAAAGAGGUAUUGGAAGAAAUUUCAUGUUACCCUGAGAAUAAUGAUGCAAAAGAACUAAAGCGUAUCUUAACACAACCUCAUUUCAUGGCCUUACUUCAGACUCACGACGUAGUGGCUCAUGAAGUUUACAGUGAUGAAGCAUUGAGGGUCACACCUCCUCCCACCUCUCCCUAUUUAAACGGUGAUUCUCCAGAAAGCGCUAACGGAGACAUGGAUAUGGAGAAUGUGACAAGAGUUCGGCUGGUACAGUUCCAGAAGAACACGGAUGAACCAAUGGGAAUCACUUUAAAAAUGAAUGAGCUAAAUCAUUGUAUUGUUGCAAGAAUUAUGCACGGGGGCAUGAUUCACAGGCAAGGUACACUUCAUGUUGGUGAUGAAAUUCGGGAAAUCAAUGGCAUCAGUGUGGCUAACCAAACAGUGGAACAGCUGCAAAAAAUGCUUAGGGAAAUGCGGGGGAGUAUUACCUUCAAGAUCGUGCCAAGCUACCGCACUCAGUCUUCGUCCUGUGAGAGAGAUUCCCCCUCCACUUCCAGACAGUCCCCUGCUAAUGGUCAUAGCAGCACUAACAAUUCUGUUUCGGACUUGCCAUCAACUACCCAACCAAAAGGACGACAGAUCUAUGUAAGAGCACAAUUUGAAUAUGAUCCAGCCAAGGAUGACCUCAUCCCCUGCAAAGAAGCUGGCAUUCGAUUCAGAGUUGGUGACAUCAUCCAAAUUAUUAGUAAGGAUGAUCACAACUGGUGGCAGGGUAAACUGGAAAACUCCAAAAAUGGAACCGCAGGCCUCAUCCCUUCUCCUGAACUUCAGGAAUGGCGAGUAGCUUGCAUUGCAAUGGAGAAGACCAAACAGGAGCAGCAGGCCAGCUGUACUUGGUUUGGCAAGAAAAAGAAGCAGUACAAAGAUAAAUAUUUGGCAAAGCACAAUGCAGUGUUUGAUCAAUUAGAUCUUGUCACAUAUGAAGAAGUAGUAAAACUGCCAGCAUUCAAAAGGAAAACACUAGUCUUAUUAGGUGCACAUGGUGUUGGGAGAAGACACAUAAAAAACACCCUCAUCACAAAGCACCCGGACCGGUUUGCAUACCCUAUUCCACAUACAACCAGACCUCCAAAGAAAGACGAAGAAAAUGGAAAGAAUUAUUACUUUGUAUCUCAUGACCAAAUGAUGCAAGACAUCUCAAACAAUGAAUACUUGGAGUAUGGCAGCCACGAGGAUGCAAUGUAUGGGACAAAACUGGAGACCAUUCGUAAGAUCCAGGAGCAGGGGCUGAUUGCAAUUCUGGAUGUGGAGCCUCAGGCACUGAAGGUCCUGAGAACUGCAGAGUUUGCUCCUUUUGUUGUCUUUAUUGCCGCUCCAACUAUCACUCCAGGUUUAAAUGAGGACGAAUCUCUCCAGCGCCUGCAGAAGGAGUCUGAUAUCCUACAGAGAACAUACGCGCACUACUUCGAUCUCACAAUUAUCAACAAUGAAAUUGAUGAGACAAUCAGACAUCUGGAGGAAGCUGUUGAGCUCGUGUGCACAGCCCCGCAGUGGGUCCCGGUCUCCUGGGUCUAUUAGGCCCAUCCCCAGAUAUCUGAGCAUAACUGGGAGCCACCUCAUACAUGGAAAAGCCUCUUUGUCAUGGGCCUUGUGUCAGCAGGUCGUGGUCCCUAGAGACUACCUAGUUGUAGUGUGACCUACAUUUAUAAUUAUUGUCAUGUCCGAAUAGAUAGGAGGAGAAAAACAAUUACACACUAAUUUAAAGAGACAGUAUCUUUUUUAAUCAGUUCUCCUAAACUUUAAUAAAAUGUAUCUUUAAAUGUAUGUAUUAUUCAAUCCUUUGGAAUGUUAUAUUUUUGGAAAUCAUAGCUUUUUAUUUCCAAGGCCCCUAAAAACUGCACAAAAUAGAUGCUGCUUUCUAUAAUCUAUUUUAAUAAUAAUAAACAAUGAUUCUGUUACCUUGACUGGGGGUGGAACACUACAUUCUUUUUAGAGUCUGAUUUUAUGGAUUGGAAUAUCUUUCUUUCCUUUAUUUAUUUGAAAUAAUUAGUCUAGUGAUUACAAAACAGUCAUAAAUUUUUAAAGGCCUUUUUUCACUCUCUCUCUCUCUUUUUUUUUUAGAAUAGUAUUUUUUUUAAGUCCUUUAUGUAACAUCCAGAUAAUGUGAUACUGUCUCUUUGAAGCACCCUGUAAACCUUUUAGAGAUUUGAAGUUGGGUCUUGACUCUUAAUGCAUGUGGACAGUCGCGAGCGUUUAUGCUGUUGGUGUGUCUGUGUUGGACAAAUCAAUCUGUAAUCUACAGCCAAGUACUUUCCGUUCACGGGGCACACCCAGGAGAAUAAGAAUAAAAUGCUAUUAUGACUAAGUUGUAAACCUAUGCACAUCCCUUGCAUUUCGGGCAACUUUAUAAAAAAAAGAAAAGAAACUGAUUUUUAUUAAUAAUAAUCAUGUAGUGAAAUGUGUUUGUAAUUUUGUCUCAAUUUAAUUUGUUGUAAGGUGGGAGGGGGAAUUUGCUGGUUUCACCAUUUCGGAUCUGUGUUGUCUAAGAGUAUUAACGUUUUAAUUAAGCAAAGAAAUGAGGAUUUUUAAUCUGUAUGUAAUUGUUUUAAAAGCACCCAUUUUAAGAGAAAAUACUGUGCAAUGAAGAAACCAGUUUAGGCGUUUGCUAUAAACUGAAUUAUUCCAAAAGAAUAAUCUAUAACAGCCCUGUAAAUUCCUUUAAAAUGAUAACUAACAGGACAGUCUGACCAAUUUUUUUUAAAUAUACUUCCUUUUAUGUGUUCAAUAAUUAAAUGCCUUUGGGUCCUUCAUUUCAUUAUAGAGUUGUUUAGGCCUCCAAGCCGAUGAUCUUUUCAAUUUUAGAAUUCAUUAGAUGCUCGUGGACCCAUCGAAGGCCCAGGAGUGAGUAUCAGUAGGCAGGACAGAAACAGCCACCUGCCAGGGCACAGCGUGGACCGCGUCUGACUCGCAGGGCUACCUGUGGUCUCUCCUUCCUCUUGCUAUAUCCCUUGGCACAGGGGAAUCAUCUGUCCUUGUUGCUUUUAGAGACAUUCACCAUCUCAUCACCCCGCCACGAGGUCACAUUCUUCUAAUACAGGACAUUCGGGCUGGGGGUUCCCAGACCCUGCCAGAGGUCAGUAGAAUGUUUUUUCUUAGCACGUGAGGGUGUGAAGUGCUUAUGUUAACCUGGGAUUCUUGAAAACACGCCAUCAUUUUUGCUUCUUGUAGGUUAGAUGGCCUCUGUCACAUUGUGCCUUGGCAGGAUGUGCGGGGUGUAUUCUGAGCUGAACAGCUCCUCUUAAGGGACCGAACAGAAAAGGCAGUUUUUAUAGACUCCUCCUUCAUGGUCAACACCCCACCCCUCACCUACUGUUAUUAAAGAUGCCAAUUGGUUGUUGGGUUUUGGUUGUUUGUUUUUUUUUUUUUUCUGAUGAUCAUUCUUUGUCAGUGACCGGAUGAGUCGACAACUUACUAACAGGUUGUUGAGUGAACUCCUUGUGUUUGGGCCCUACGGUGGGGGUGACCAAACAGGUAAACCAGAGACAAGCUCAACAGUGGGCUCCCCUAGAUGGAGAGAGAAAUGCUCAAAGAGUCGUAUAGGCCUGUGUUAGGACAGAUUUCAGUCUGAUGCCAAGGCCAGACAGUCAUUCCUGCAAUGGUACUGACUACAAUCCGGGCUCUUCUCAGUGUCAAGGUGCCCGCUCUACCUCUUUUCCAAUGAAGCACAAAGAAGACUACAACUAACACAUGGGAAACCAACUUCCUUCCCUCUGGUGGAAACCCUCACACCCCCACUUGCCCUUAGAGACCAAAUCUCCAGAAAUGUUGACAGUGCCCUUUGGAAGCCAUCCACCAUGUGACUAAAUGUGGAUUAAGCCAAGGAGGAGAAAGGGGAGGGCAAAUCAAACAUCAGUGAUCCCCCCGUGGAAAGGCACCAUACGACUUGUCAUCUUGUUGGUCGCUUUCUGCAUGCUCCAAGAAGGGCACAGGCAGCCAUCUUCUGGAGCAGUGUCUUUAUGACCUAGCAGAACAUCCUUCAAUUUCUGAAUUCGGAGUCAUUUCUGCACAUUGCUGCUCCAUCACAAUCGUCCACUAAACAAUCAGAGAAAAUUCCUAAAACUUCUUUCCUGCCUCUAUCUCAUCAGCAGAACCAUUUUUUGUUUCCUUUUUGAAAACCAGAGCAAGUGAUUUGAUUGCUAAAUCUUAUCAGUGGUCAGUUGAAGCAUUGGAGAGCCCUAUUCCAAGGGUCCUCUCCCCUACGCAACCCCACUCCCCACAGCAGGAAAGGGAGCGUUUUGAUGUGUCGAGUUCUUUGUUAAGAAAAUGAAAUGUCCUGAUUUUCCUAAUCAUAAGGCAGCCAUUCCUUUGCACAUGUAGCAUAUUGCAUUUUAACACUGAAAAGGAAAAUAGCACUCAAUUGAAUUCAUCUGGAAGUUUCCCAGUGUCGAGAUAACAUUGUCGCUUGUUAAAAAUGCAAUUAAGUGUAUCUCCUGUCAGGUGAGAUGAUUUGAAAUAUCUGCUCAGAGAGGAAAAGAAAUGGUUGACCUACUUCUUGCUAUUUGCAUUCAGAAGCCAUCACCCCAUCUUAUUGGUGGCAGAAUAUCUAGAGAUGUGCAGAGUUCCCCACUGCACGAAGAAAUGCAGAAUCUGUCCCCUUCCCUGUGUCCAAUUCCUUCUCCCACGGCCUUCCUCUGAAGCUAUUACCUUUGUAAAGCCUUUUAUCUCAGCGUUCUUUGGUUUCUUUUGAAAUCACUCCUAGUUCUUACUUCAUUCAGGCUUCCAAUUCAUUCCUUGCAAAAGUUUAGUCGAUGGAGUCACCCUCCAGGAAACUGGACUAUUGGAGAUGCCCAGAGUGGAAACCGCCCCUCAAGGACAAGGCAGCCCAAAGUACUCUUUGGUCUCCCACUGAUGGCAUGUCCUUUAUUAUCAUUUCAGGUCAGUGUCUUAAUUUGGAGUGAAGGUAAGCUUAGCUUGCUGCUCAAGCAACCAGGAAAACUGCUUGAUGGGUCAAUUCUUAAUAUCAAACCUGUGCGUAUUUUGUGUUGGUGGUAGUAUUGUUGUUUCAGAACUGAGCACUGUCUCCCAAGUCCAUUAUCUUUGCAAGGGCUUACUGUGCUGAGGCUCACUGUGGCCUGUAACAGAUUUAAGGCCCCUGAACGCAUCUCUCUUGUCCUGCACUUGAGAUUCAUUCUUCUCUUCCAAAGAUACCUUGCUUCUUGCUGUGGCUUAUGGAAGGGCUACACACUUUAGUUGUGACUCUUUUCAUUGGGUAGAGAUUUCCCUUUUCUGAUCCCUUUAGAAACCACGUCUGCAUCUCUGUUCAUCUCCAGUUACAGGACUGUAUGCAUGAGGCUUAAUGCAGGACUGGCUUGGCCUGUGCACUGGUCAUUUUGCUGUCAAUUUGGAGACAUGGGACAUCUCAGAUGGCAGAACUUAGUGCAUGAAGUGUAGCUGUCACGUCCAUGCAGGAAGUGGAGGAAAGGAAGGGGAGUCUUUUCUCUGCCAUUUUCCCAUCUGAUCUUUUCCUGGCCCACAGAUACCACCAUGGCAAGAGGAAAGCACCAUCUCUGCAGCAGGCACUCCCAAGUCUUAGCUCUUUGUGGGGAGUCAGUGGGGGGGGGGGCAGAAAAUCCUGAGUUCCCACCACCUCUCACCUGACCCUCCAUCAACUCCCUUGAACCUGUGCAAAUGGACCAAGCAAAAGAAAAUGGAGAGAGAGAUUUACAACCACACGGGAGACCUCUGUUCUGGUCCCAAGCACAACUCCAUAUCCAUGUUCGCACAGAAACUCAGAACUUUGUUAGUGCUUGGACUUAGCUCCAUUGUCUCUGGUGUGACCAAGGAACAUGCCAAUGUCCUUACCCACGGAGGCCUGGAGCGAGCCUCUCUGGACCCUGGGGAAGUACAAUCUCUGUAGAAGGAAUUGUGCUUGGGAGGAGAAAUGUGUUCCUCUACAGACACUGGCUCCACUUUCGCUUUUCUUUUUUUCUUGUUUGAAAGAGACCAAGAAUUGGGGGCAUUGAUUUCCAGCCUCAGCUGUCUCCCAGAAUGUCCGGGCAGGCAGGCGGGUGGCUGCCUGGAGGAGUGUCACCACUCAAACUCAGUUCUGGGGUGGUUUUGCAUAGUUUUGCCAACGUGUUCUUUUUUCUGUAUGUAUUAUUGCCUUUUUAUAAAAGGUUUUGAAGUAUUGUCUCAGUGAUAAAAAGAGAGAGAUGUUAAUGGUUGUUGUAUAUUUCACCGUUUCCAAUUGUAAGUAUUUGCGGGGUUCAGCAAAGCCUUAGGGUCGCCAGAGGAACUGAAGGGAUUGGAAAGGUUCGGAUGCUUUGUAAAAUGUCCUGCUUUUCUUUCUCUCUGUGUGUAUCUAUUUACAUGCCUUAGCACACGCCCUCCCGUCCUGAUCCCUUUGCCCUGUCGCCGGAGCAACCACAACGCUGGUGUGCCACCAGCACAGUACAAGUCGAAACCCUAAUCAGUUAUCUCGUGUGACAGGGGAAGAAGAGAAACUCCAUAGUAUUCUUUGUAGAAUAUCCAUACCUGUAGGAUGCUGUGUAAUGGGAAACCAUAGAAUUGGGCUUUUGUCAUUUCAAAGUUGGAGAAAUGUAUGAAUAAAAUGUAUAAAACAUGAAAA